AUGCGUCUUCAUCACGGGCCCAGCGGGAAAAGUCCCAAAACUCCACUUUUGGGCAAAAAGGACUAUGGAUACAUGUUAGAUGGUGCAGUCUAUACGAUUGACUGUUGUGGAAUCGUGUCCGGAUGGGAGGCAGUCUUUCAAGGAGUAGCUGGAUCUAGGACGGUUUACUUUCAGGUUUGGAGACAUGAGACGGCUUCUUCUUACCGUCUGAUUGGGCAGAACUCGGUAACAGUCAGUAUAGACGGAGAGCAGAGCUUCAGUGUCCCACUGGGUGACCGAUUUACAGUGUUAGCUGGUGAUGUUUUCGGCUGGUGGUCAAAUGGAUUAGAUAUAAUAACUUAUAAAGCCUCUUUUUCAAAGGGAAGCAAGAUGAUGGAAUUGACCGCUAAAAGCGUUGGCGAUGUGCAAGACUGGACUACUGCCAUUUCUGAUACAAGCAAAGAAUAUGCAAUAAGAAUGGACGUUUCGGGUGGCAGUGUGCCGUUUUUCACAAAUUUGCCCGACACUGUCAACAUUCCGGCUUCAACUGCCGUUGGAACGUCGAUUUUUACAGUCAGCGUUGACGACAUUGACGUCGACCAGAUAGGUAAUUUAUCUGUAACUAUGACAUCGGACAACACAAACUAUACCUUUGAUGAAGUUACACAUGUACUGAGCACCAACACUAUUUUCUCGGUGUCCGUCGUCGAUUCUUUGACGUUUCAAGUAAUUGACAUAUGUGGUAGCGUCUCUGCCGGGACAUUGACGGUUGUCAUCACCAAUGAAGGCCCAACGCUAAAUCCACCUAUAAACCCACUAACCGUUGGGGAAGGCCAGACAGCAGAGACUUUAUUACAUAUCUUGAAUGUCACCGACCCAGAAGACGAUCCCAUUACGUGCUCGCUCGAGAUUGUUUUUCCAAUAUCAACUUCAUUUAGUGUCACUCUUAAUGCAUCAGAUUAUGGUAUUUAUACCAACGAAAAUCCCGGUUUCGACUAUGCUACAAUAAAUACAUACAUGUUAAUAGUUCCAUGCAGUGAUGCCCAAACUACAAGUACUGGUACAUAUAUUGUAGAAAUCACACCAAAUAGUGGUCCGCCAGAAUUCAUUAACUUACCAAAUACCGCAACUGUAUCAUCGACUUCAGAAAUAGGAACAAUAAUCUUCACAGUGCUGGCCAAUGAUACUGAUGUCGCUGACACAUUAUCUUAUUCAAUGACAUGCGAUACAGAUCCUUGUCUAUUUGCAAUUUCAGUAAGCACCGGAGUUAUACAUAUUUCGGAGGACUUGUCAGUUCAUGCUCCUACUGUUUAUAACUUGGUAAUAACUGUAACAGAUGGAUUGGCUAUGGCUGAAUCGAAAAACUUAACAAUAACUAUCACAGCUGUAACGACAACGACCACGAACAGAUACGAUAGAGGUGUGUACGAAGAUUCGAGAGAGGUUGCUAAGUUGUCAACAAUCAUCGUCGUGUUGUUAAGUUUUAGUAUACCGGCUGUUGUUCUAUGUUGGUGUUGUUGUCAGAAGGGAUUCAUCAACUGCUAUAAGAAGUGUUACAAUAAGAUCAAGUGCAAAUUUUGCAGCAACAAAGCCAAAGUACAAGACAUUUGACAUCAAAGAUGUGAAUUUCCUUCUAAUAAGCAUCAUUGGAUAUAUUUUUGAAAACAUGUGUACCUGUUAAUUGCAGGAGAAAAACGUUUUUUCUGCUUUAUCAAACUAUUAUUCUGCUAAAAGAUGACUUAUAUAUUUUCGGAUCUUCUUGCCGUACAUCAAUAAUCAAGAAUACAAAAUUAAUCUUUCAUGUGACUUUGAUAAAAAGAAAAAACAAUAAGCUGCAUAUUUGAUGCUAGCAAGCUAUAAAAUUAUCUAAAUGAAUUUUAAAAAAAGAAUUAUUUCAAAAAAGCUGUAUAAAAGGAAUAUGUUUAUAUGUUUCCCUAUGAGUGAAUGUUACAUACAGAAAAUCAUUACUAAAUAGUUAAAACCCUACAUAAAAUAUCAGCAUAAUAUUAUGUUCAAUAACAUU